UUGGAGGGUAGUUGCUUUGUAUAACCAGGACAAAAAGGUUUGGAAGAAAAGGAAAAGAAAAGAAUCAAGGUUUGCCCUAUCAUUAUGAGAAAAGCCUUUUCACAACUGGUCAAAGGAAACCAGUUCAUCCCCACAUAACAACAUAAAGAAAAGUCCUUAACCACCUCAUUUCAUUUCCCCUUUGGAUUUCAAAUCCAUUCCAUUCAAGUUUCAACAGUAUGGUUCUGAGGGAAAUCUCAUCAUCAAGCUUAUUAUUACUAAGUCCUCAAAUAUCCCACCAAACUUUGUGCAUGGAAGACAAGUAGAAAAGAAAAUAAGUGGCAAGUAUAUGAUUCAUCCUUAAAGAAAAAAUUGAUGGUCAAUGAUGUAUUUGAGAACAUUAUAUCACUAGCUUCUCUGACAUCCUACGAUAUAGUGGUCAAUUACAAGAGUAGGAUUGUUAAAUUUUCCUUGGAAUCUCCAUACUGUAACCACUUUGUAGCUGUGCAAAAUCCUGCCCGUACUUGUUGAUCAAGAAAAGUUCAUCAAUCAAACAAGCUUUCGGGAAAACCAAAAACAAACCGUGUAUCUCUCUGCAUACAACCUGCAAUAUCCCCAAGGUGCUAAGUACUCAUAUUCUCUGGUGACUCAGAAUGCAGAAAAAAUGAGUUACUUUUUUUUGUAAUCAUAAAAUAUAAAACAUUAGUAAUUUUAACUCAAAUUUUAAAGAAUGAAAGGGACACCGCCCUCUUGGUGUGUGGUAAAACAAAAAAACAAAAAAGGUUACAACUUACAAGGUAUUUAUGCUUGAUGCAUCAACACUAAAAGUAGAACUACAAGUCUAAAAGAAGAUUCACAGACUGUAAUUCUCAAGGUAGCCCACAUUCCAAUAGCUAAUUUCUUUUUCAUAGCAGCAAGCUUUAUAAACAGACUCUUAUAGCAUUUGGAGGCCCAACAAUGUAUACAACUUUCUUUUUGCUUCACAGUAUAGACAGACUCGAUACACUAAGAUCUAUACCCCUCAUACAUCACUUUCAACACCGUUUUCUAGCAAGCCUGCAAGCAAAAAACAUGAUAAAGCUAGAACUGUAAUCAUAGAAUGAAUUUAAAAGCAGCUCCCAAUCACUAAGUGGCCCACAAUUAACCUCAUGCAGUAAAUACUCAGUAACACUGUACCAGUUUAAAAGCAGCACACACCUCUCUCUCUUUCUGGUACUGCUUUGCCUUAGUCCUACUCUCUCUCUCUCUCUCUCUCUCUCUCUCUCUCUCUCUCUCUCUCUCUCUCUCUCUCUCUCUCUCUCUCUCUCUCUCUCUCUCUCUCCGUUUUUGUGAAAAAUGAAGAACUUGCCAACAUGGAAAACCAUGGCAGUGACUGUGGUGUUGCUUCAAUUGAGCUUUUCCUUGGAGAUUUUCUGUCUCUCUAAUCAUGCAGAUAGAAUUGUUCGGCUUCCCGGGCAACCCAACACACGCUUCCAACAGUUCUCAGGAUAUGUUACAGUGGAUGAUCUCAAACACAAAGCUCUCUUUUACUAUUUUGUUGAAUCAGAAACUCAUCCAGCUUCAAAGCCUCUUGUUCUCUGGCUCAAUGGAGGACCUGGCUGUUCUUCUCUUGGAGUGGGUGCAUUCUCUGAAAAUGGACCUUUUAGACCAAAUGGGGAAGUUCUGAUUAAAAACGAGUACAGUUGGAACAGAGAGACAAACAUUUUGUAUUUGGAGACACCAGUUGGAGUGGGGUUCUCUUAUGCUAAAGGUGGCUCUUCCUAUGAGACUCUGAAUGAUGAGACAACAGCCAGGGACAAUCUUGUAUUCUUGCAACGCUGGUUCAACAAGUUCCCUCAAUUCAGGCACAGAGAUCUGUUUCUAGCAGGUGAAAGCUAUGCAGGGCAUUAUGUUCCACAACUUGCAAAGCUCAUGAUUGAAAUAAACGAAAAGGAGAAGUUAUUCAAUCUGAAAGGCAUCGCCUUGGGUAACCCAGUUCUAGAAUAUGCCACUGACUUGAAUUCAAGGGCCGAGUUCUUCUGGUCUCACGGUUUGAUAUCUGAUUCAACGUACAAAUUGUUCACUACAGGCUGUAACUAUUCCCGGUACGUCAGUGAAUACUACAGAGACUCGAUUUCUCCGCUUUGUUCAAAAGUUUUGAGGCAAGUAGCCAGAGAAACCAGUAAGUUUGUGGACAAAUAUGAUGUCACCCUUGAUGUUUGCAUUUCAUCAGUGCUUUCACAGUCCAAAGCUAUUUGUCCUCAAGGCCAAAAAACAAAUGAGAGCAUAGAUGUAUGUGUAGAUGACAAAGUUACUAAUUACUUGAACCGAAAAGAUGUACAAGAGGCGCUCCAUGCCAAGCUUGUCGGAGUCCGAAAAUGGGAUGUCUGCAGCAACAUUUUGAACUAUGAUAUGCUCAACCUGGAGAAACCUACACUCCCUGUUGUUGGAUCACUCAUAAAAUCUGGAGUUCGGGUCUUAAUUUACAGUGGAGAUCAAGAUUCAGUAAUUCCACUGACUGGAAGCCGCACCUUAGUUCAAAAGCUGGCUAGACAACUAGGACUGAAUACAACAGUCCCCUACAGAGUAUGGUUUGAAGGCCAGCAGGUUGGUGGAUGGACUCAAGUUUAUGGCAGUAUCCUCUCAUUUGCUACUGUCAGAGGUGCCUCUCAUGAAGCCCCUUUCUCUCAGCCUGAAAGAUCAUUUGUUUUGUUCAAGUCAUUCUUGGAAGAUAGGCCUCUGCCUGAAAUUUUCUGACAAGACUUAGUUUUUUCUCUAAUCUAGUUGAGGGAUUGUAAGUAAGCUUCAAUUUGUACUAUAUAACUAUUAAAUUUACUUUAACUUCAAAAGAAAAAUUUAAGGGGAGAGGGGAAAUAUGAGUCACAUGUGAAUUUACUUCCAUGAUGGGGUGCUUGUUUGUUCAUUGGACUGUCAAAUGUAAAAUGGAUCCUUGGCUUAGAGAACUUCUGUAAAAAUGUAGCCAGAGAAUGCAAAAUGUUGUUUUUUUCUUAAA